GUUUUUGAUCACUGAUUCAAUCUCUUCACUGGUUAUGGGUCCGUUGAGAUGAUUUCCUCUUGAGUCAGUUUGGGUAGAGAGUGUGCUUCUAAGAAUUUGUCCAUUUCAUCUAGGUUAUCCAGAUUGUUGCUGUACAGUUGUUCAUAAUAUUCUGUCAUAAUUAUCUUUAUUAAUAUUGGGUCAGUUGUAAUGUCUACUCUUUCAUUUCUUAUUUUGAUUAUUUGUAUCUCUCUUAUUUAUUUAUUUUCCUUUCUUUACAUUUCUUAAUUCCAGGGCAUCAAUGCUGAGGGAAAACCAGAGCCACAUUACUGAAUUCUUCCUCCUGGGACUAACCACUGACCCCAACCAGCAGAUGUGGCUCUUUGCCAGCUUCCUAGCCACUUACCUGAUCAAUGUGGUUGGCAACUCAAUCAUCAUUGCAGCCAUCCUAGGGGAUGCCCACCUCCAUACCCCCAUGUAUUUCUUCCUCUCCAACCUGUCCCUGGUAGACAUCUGCUUUACAACUGUUAUUGUGCCACAAAUGUUAGUGAACAUGCUGACUCAGAGAAGGACCAUCCUCUUUGCCCAGUGCCUCACUCAGAUGUAUUUCUUUGUGGCAUUUGGUAUCACUGACAGCUUUCUUCUGGCUGCCAUGGCCAUUGACCGCUAUGUGGCCAUCUGUAACCCACUACACUAUACUUCAACCAUGAGCCCCAGACGCUGUCUCCUGCUGGUGAUGGCAUCCUGGGUGGUGUCCCACCUCCACUCACUGACUCACACAAUUCUCAUGGCCCGCCUUUCCUUCUGUGGGUCCAAUAUCAUCCACCACUUCUUCUGUGAUGUCCAGCCAUUGCUAACACUCUCCUGCUCUGACACCUCUGUAAAAGAACUUUUGGCCUUCACAGAGGGCUCCUUGGUGAUCAUGAGUCCCUUUAUCUUCAUUAUUGUGUCUUAUGUCUACAUUACUCGUGCUGUUCUGAGGGUCCCUUCAGGAGGAGGCAGGUACAAGGUCUUCUCUACCUGUGGAUCCCACCUCAUGAUUGUGGCACUAUUCUACGGGACCAUCAUAUCUGUAUACAUUCGCCCCUCAUCCACCUACUCAGUAACAAAGGACCGUGUGGUCACUGUCAUCUAUACAAUAGUUACUCCCACACUGAAUCCUUUUAUCUAUAGCUUUAGGAACAAAGACAUGAAGCAGGCCUUGAGAAAGCUGACUAGGAGGGCAGAAUAA